UCAAUUUAUGUCUAAAAUCUUGAGUCAAGGCUAAGUUCGAGGGCGAUAUUGGAAUGGCUCAAUCAGAUUGUAUUUUCUUCGUGAUUUGAUUGAGCCGUGCCAAUAUUAACCUUUACUUGGUCCGCGUGUGUGUAUGUAUAUAUAUAUAUGGCUAUCGGGAAUGUAUACGCUAAAUUGGAAUGGUUUUGGGUUAGAAAGUGCACCUGUUUCAUCAGAUUCUGCAGGUUUAAUCCAUAAAUCCUCUGCAACCUACGAUGCUACAAGAACACGAAGCGCUCAAGUGUACAGAGGAAGGAUCUAUUGUGAGGGGCAACACAAAGGUUACUGUCAGGUUAAGAAAGAGUACACUGACUGAGGUAUUAAAAUUAGUGUUAUGUUGAUCACUGCUCAGCUUUGGCUUGUAGUGCAAGUGAUCUUCAGUUUGGCCUGCUCAGAGAAUGGUGCUUUGCAGUGAGGAGAUUGGUGGUUGAAGUGUUCCACAACUCAUUUGGGUUAGUUCGACUGUUUCCUCCACGGAAUGGUGAAGUUCACAGUUUUUCACUUUUCUGCCUUCUCAUCUACUCUUCUUUGUGAGCUUACAUGGGAGAAAAACUUACCGGCUCGAUAGCUGAAACCUUCGGUGUUUCUUCUCUUCGACACUUUGAGGAACAAGAAAGAUAAGUUCAGAUUGCAAGGAUAAGGAAGGAGUUGCAGCUGCAAUGAAGAAAAGGCCAUCACUCAAGUAUAUGAUGGAAAGCUCUUUAAAGACAGAGGUUCAACAACUUGAAAAAUGCCUUAAGGACCAGUUUGCGGUUCGCCGGGCACUUGAAAAGGCGCUGCGACGCAACAGUUCUUCUAUCGAUGAAUCGUCUAUUAGUUACAUCCCAAAACCAACCAAGGAACUAAUAAUGGAUAUUGCAAUGUUAGAGUUAGAGGUUGUGCAUUUGGAACGAUAUCUUCUAUCCCUCUACCGGAGAGCAUUUGAGGAGCAAGCACCUAAUGUACCAAUCCUUGCUGUAGAAGAUGAAAUUGGGCAACCACUAGUUCCACAAUCAGCACCAUUUACAGAAGUCGCUUCGCAUGAUCUCUCUUUUAGAGUAGCAGCAUCAGCAGCCCAAUCUGGUGACAUUAAACCACUGCGAAAUUCUUCAAACUAUUUACCAAGCGAAGCUUGUAGUGUUCGAGGUCAAGAGAAGAACAGUUGCAGAAUUCGCCGCAGCCAUUCGUCGAUAGUGCAACAUACAGUUUGUUCAGCUAAAGGGAUACCUUGUGCUAAAAAUCUACCACUGUCUUUCUUUGAUCACGAACAGAUCAUUAAUUCAGGGGUGACGAGCCUUGCAGAACAUCUUGGAACUACAAUUGCUCAUCACAUUCCUGAGACACCAAACAGACUGUCAGAAGACAUGGUUAGGUUAAUGUGUGCCAUAUACUGUAAACUUAAGGACCAUCAUGGCCGUCGCGGUAUCUCAUCUUCACCCACUUCAUCCUUCUCAUCAAGUUCAUCUUUCUCCCCCCGUUAUACUGGAGAAUCGAGGAGCCCUUGUCACAAGAGGGAUGCAAUGAUUGAUGCAUGGUUUGGCAAUUCUAGAUGCUCGGAAAGAUGGAAGGAGUUAAGUGGGCCGUACAACAUGAUGGUAGAAGUGUUUUCCUUUUGCAAGGCCAGUCGAAAGUGUAAUGAUAUUGAAGAAAUGCUACAGAAAUAUAAAUUGCUGGUCCAGAGAAUAGAAACAGUUGAUCUAAGACGUAUGAGCAAUGAGGAAAAGAUUGCAUUCUGGAUCAAUAUCCACAACUCAAUGAUGAUGCAUUUGUAUCUAGAGCAUGGGGUUCCAGGAAGUAACAUGAAAAAGGCUUCAUUGGUCACCAAGAAUAUGUAUAGUGUUGGUGGUCGAAUGGUAAACGCGGAUAUUAUACAAUGUUUCCUACUUGGAUGUCGUAUGCAUCCUCCUGAGCAGUGGCUGAGGACAUUACUCUCCUCAAGGGUAAAGAUCAAAGACAGUGAUGAAUGGAAAGCCUAUGCCAUUGAAAGUCCUGAACCUCUAAUUCGUUUCGCACUAUGCUCAGGAAGCCAUUCAGAUCCCGCGGUUCGAGUGUACAAUUCCAAGAGAUUGUUCCAACUGCUGCAGGCUGCAAAGGUGGAGUACAUCCAUGCAACAGUGACAAUUGGGAAAGGGCGCAAGCUCCUUGUGCCGAAGAUCUUGGAAUACUUCUGUAGGGACUCCAACUUAUCCACUCGAGAAUUAGUGGAGAUGAUCAAGUGCCAUUUUCCUGAAAACUUAAGGUUUAUGGUCAACGCGUGCCAAGGAAGCAGUUCUCAGAAGUUCAUCGAGUGGGUACCUCACAACUCCACUUUCCGAUACUUGUUGCCCAGGGACCUUGGAAAUCUCAAGUCUCAUUAAGGACAUAAAACAUGCAUUCAGGUGUAUAAAUCCUAUGUCAAAUGUUGCUUUCCAAUUAAUAAUAUUUUUUGUUUUUGUUCAUUUACUUUAAGAAGUACGUAUUUAAAAA